CCUGGCCUGCCCACUGGUCCCAAUAAACCUGAACUCGGCUUCCAACUCUCGAGCUGUUAUUUGGGGUCAGGUACCAGGCAGGGGUCUACAAGGGGGUCGCACAUAUGGUGCCGAAACCCGGGACGGAGGGUCGCUAGCCCCCCUAGUGACCCCCUCCCUCCAGCGACCUCCCCAGCCCUCCUCCAAUUCGGCCUCAGCACUCCGGACCAGGCUGGAUUGAAGCUUACCCCACAGCCUCUGAGUCUGCCGGGACAGUAGCCACUCAUCUCAUUCAAGACAUCAUCCCACGCUUUGGACUCCCGGCUACCAUACAGUCAGACAACGGCCCAGCCUUUAUCUUCAAAGUCACUAAUGCCGUUUCUACCUUUCUAGGAAUUCAGUGGAAGCUACACGCCGCCUACCAUCCUCAGUCCUCUGGUAAGGUGGAAUGGGCCAAUGGCCUAAUAAAGGAGCAUCUGACCAAGCUCAUGCUUGAGCUCCGCCAAUCCUGGGUAACCUUGCUUCCUAUCGCCCUCACCAGGUUGAGAGCAAGCCCCCGGGGCCCAUCACAGCUUAGCCCGUUUGAGCUGCUAUAUGGUCGCCCCUUCCUACUUUCAACUCCCCCACCGCCAGAGACCACUCCUCUAGACAGCUACCUCCCCUACUUUACUCUCCUUCGCAGCCUUCUCCGAGAACACGCCAAUGCUUCUCUUCCCCAACCCACCCAGCCAUCUGAAAAUACACAGAAAGUCUCCCCCAGGGACUCAGUUCUUAUCAGGUCCCUCUCCCCAAAGCCCCUCACCCCCAAGUGGGAAGGACCAUACACAGUCCUCCUUACCACUCCAUCAGCUAUAAGAGUUGCUGAAAUCCCAUCUUGGGUCCACCUGUCUCGGGUAAAAAAGGCCCCUCAUGGACCCUCCUUAUGCUAGAAGACUGUUCCUACUGGCCCUUUAUCUGUCAAACUUACCAGGGCCUAGCAGCCACACCCCCUACAGAUGGAGAUUCUUCCUAACUGAAAACUAUACCAAAACCACCUUCAUCUGUAAUACCCCUCCAUACAGCCACAACCAUCUUCUUGCAACUUCCAACUGCCCCGCAGCCAGAUGCCAAAGGGCCAUAUAUCUGAACUUCACCAAAUUCCAUAACAUCCAUACUGAUAUACCCCUCAUGUGCUUCAACCAUGACCAACCAUCAGGAGCAUGCAAUAAUACUCCUUGGCGCUCCUGCAUGGGAUGUACUUGGAUGAACUGUCGACUACAUAUAGCUGUCAAGUCCACAGUACUUGCCCGAUCUCAGCUCAAAAUCAUCCCAGACAUAGAUGGAGAAGGAAACACCGUUAUCGGUUCUACACGGUAUUCCAUUCUCAUACCUGACCCCUGGGACAACUGGUGGAAAAGCCCCCAGAAAGCUGCCGUGUAUGACCACAAAGAUACCAAAUAUCCUCCUUCCCACCUGUACAUCUGGCGGACAUACGUACGUACAGUCCACCAAGUCCACUCUGAUAUUAGCCUACAAGAAAAAUCUCUGAAUGACCAAUUGCAACCACAUUCGUCUCCGUUUUCCUGGUUAACUUUUCUCCAAGAAGGAAUCAAGUUAGCUAACCUCUCAGGACUAACUGACCUAACUUCAUGCCUCAUGUGUGCCUUCUUAGGACAGACUCCCUUCGUUGCAGUCCCUUACCCCAUCCCUCUCAACCUUUCAGCCUCAACUUCUUCCUUCUCCCCCGUCAGGGAAGUCGAUCUCUACACUCCACCUGAUUUUGGACAGCUACCUGUGUGCUAUUCCCUAGGCCGAAACUUCCCUAGCUGUAACAGAACUAUACUGGUAACCACUAAUAUAACAGCCCCACGAGGAAUGUUUUUUUGGUGUAACAGGACCUUAACAAAAACUCUCUACAUUGGCCUUUCCUCAUCUCUUUUAUGCCUCCCAGUAACCCUAGUCCCUCGACUCACUAUAUAUUCUUCAGCCGAAUUCCAGAUGCUGGAAGCUCCCCAUCGCCGCACCUGACGAGCUGCCUUCCUACCCAUUGCCAUUGGAGUCUCCCUUGCUGGUUCAGCACUUGCAGCAGGAUUAGGGGGAGGGGCACUAGUCCACUCUCACCUGGCCAUAGCCCGACUGACCUCACAACUCCAAGCAGCUAUCGAUGACUCUACUGAGUCUUUAGCAUCACUCCAAUGACAGAUCACCUCAGUUGCCCAAGUUGCCUUGCAGAACUGAAGAGCCCUAGACCUGCUCACUGCUGAACGAGGAGGAACCUGCAUCUUCCUACAAGAAGAGUGCUGUUACUACAUCAAUGAAUCCGGCCUAGUAGAAACCCGAAUCGAGAGCCUCCAGAAACUCAAAACUAGCCUGCAGAGUCAGAAGUUCUCGGCUGAAGCCACAGCGUGGUGGUCUUCCUCUAUGUAUACCCUCUCGUCCCCAUUGCUUGGGCCCCUAGCAGCCAUUUGCCUAAUUUUACUUAUUGCUCCUUGCUUUCUACAGUUCAUACAGCGGCACUUUCAAGAACUGACUCGAGUCACCAU